AUGCAUGCUAUUCAGCAACAAUAUUGGGCCGUUCGCGACUAUCUCAGCCCAGUCCUCAAAGAAAGCAAGUUCAAAGAGCACUGGACGAAUAACCCCCGCAUCCCAAUCUUGCUUCCAGAGGAAUUCGUCGCAGCAGGAGACUUCCUAUCAUACAAAUUCCCAGUAUGGACGUGGGAAAAAGGCGACGCGUCCAAAGCUCGCGAUUACCUCCCCGCUGAAAAACAAUACCUUGUCACUCGCGGCGUUCCUUGCCUUCGACGAGCCACAUCACUAGCUUACACUGACGCUGAUGAAGACGCUGAGAGACUUCUCUCCUUCGGGGAUUCUUCGGGCGCUGCCGACGAGUGGGUAGAAACACAUGCAGGGCGAGGGGCCACAAUGGACUCUGCUGCAAAUCCAGGCGAGAUCGAUGAUAUUCCGGACUUGGAUGGUGAUGGACUGGCGAGUGCGAUGGCGGAUGUGUCAAUUGUAUCAGAGACUGGUGCUACGGUGGGAGAAACGCCAGAUCUAGAUGAUAUCCCUGACAUGGAAGAGGAGGGGCUGGAGGACGGCGAAGAUGAAGCCACGGCGGCACCGGUUGCGCCCAAGGCGGGUGGCAUCAUCGAUGCAUCGCAGGUGGGAGUCGCGAAUGGCAAUCUCCUGCAAGUACGAACGUAUGAUGUGAUGAUCACAUACGACAAGUAUUACCAAACUCCCCGGAUCUGGCUACUUGGCUAUGACGAGAAUCGUACACCUUUAACACCAUCGCAGAUCUUCCAAGAUGUUUCAGCAGACCAUGCUCUCAAGACUGUCACCAUCGAGGCCUUCCCACACUCCUCAACGCUCCAAGCAGCUUCCGUACACCCCUGCAAACACGCAAGCGUGAUGAAGAAAGUCAUCGAGCGCAUGAACGCAGGUGUGGUAGAAGAGCAGCUUGCUGCACGGAAGAAUUCUGGCAAGCACCAAGACAAGGACGGGAAGAAGAAAUGGGGGGAGGAAGAGGAAAUCGAGGGCAUGCGCGUGGACUUUUACCUUGUGGUGUUCUUGAAGUUCAUCGCUUCUAUCGUGCCUACAAUCGAGGUGGACUCGACGACUGCGUUUUGA